AUGUCCAACUUCAUCGCCGGCGGGGUGGAGUGCGGUCCCACGAGCGCCCUCAAGGAUGUGUCAUCACGUGUCGACCGCGACUACGGCCUCCAACGUGACCGCUAUGCUGCUCAACAUCAAGCUGGACCCAGCGCCGGCCCCAGUGCAUUCCGCACGCGCCCGGGUGCACCAGCAGGACCAGCUGCGCAAGCGCAGCCCUCUUUCGACCUCUCCCAACUUCGCUCGCACCUGCCUGCCCAGGCAGGGCCUGUGCAUACAGGUCCAACCAUGCAGAUGCAACCAGCACAGGCACAGGCGCCUGCGCGCUGGGCAGAAGGCUUCGACUCCAAGGGCAAGUCACGCGCUGUGGACGGCCUAUGGGGCAACGAGUUUGGGCGCCAACAGUCCGCGUCUCCGGCACAGCAGCAGCAACCGCAAGCGGCGCCCUGGCAGCGCGGCCCGGCGUUUGCCGAACCCCGGUACAUGGGGAAUAUGGGGAUGCCUAUGAUGCCUCAGAUGCCGAUGUACCAGCCGCAGCCAGUGUACCAGCAGCCGCCAACGCUCAUGCAUCCAGCGCCCCAGAAAGCCGUGCCCCUUCCACCCACGCAGGUGCCCCAGGAACCAGCUCAGCAGCAGGAACAGCCACGACAGGGCGAGCGGCCACAUGAUGAGCUUGCGCGCACAGCACAGGCCCUCGUUGACCAGCUCGACAAGGAGGAGCUCGGCCAGAAUCAGAAGCUCGCUGAGAGCCAGUUCGUACGACUGCUCCGUGGGCUUGGCGACGGGUCGGUGGUGGUGCAGGAGGGCUCGAGCGCUGCCAAGGAGGGCACGGAGGUGGGCGAGGGUGCCAAGUUUGUCGACUCAAAUGGCGGCGGCGACUGGGCGAGCGCAUUCCUUGACAGUGGCUCGGCGCCACAGACGAUGCAGCAAGCUGCAACGGCGACCGGCGAAUUCCAGACGGCUCUCACCAUGAACGACGACGUGACGGGCCUGCGACGACGCAAGAGUGUGCACUUUGACGAACCCACUUUCGUGAGCGCUGUACCAUCCACUCUGGAGGAGGCGCAAAACAUGACAGCCACGGCCGUGCCUGGCGCCUCGACGUCAUGGGAGGAGGACUUAACCGACGACUUUAACGACGAGGCGUUCAUGCAGUACAACGGACGGAUGCCGCAAAUCGCUGAGCAGACGGGGCAAACGACGUCGGACCGCGAGGGCUGGGACGAACUCACCGCAUCAUGGUACGACCAGGACACGGCGCCGCAGCCGUACCUCUUCCACCAGGCCAACCCAUACGCGAUGGGCGCACCGAUCGUGCGCGAGCUGUCUCCAACUACAAUGGGUGUGCUCGAGCUAGAGGCUGCCGUGCAGCAGGAACCACGCGAUGCAUCGGCGUGGCUCGCUCUCGGUCUGAAGCAGCAGGAGAACGAAAGAGAGGACGCGGCCAUUCGCGCGCUGCACCGCGCCGUCGAGCUGCAGCCGGAAACGCGCGCUGCGUGGCUCGCGCUCGCGGUUUCGUACACCAACGAGGGCAAGGACGACCGUGCGCACGACGCGCUCGAGCACUGGCUCAACCUCACGCAACCAGGUGGUGCGACAGAGACGAUGGGUGAGAGCCGCGACCAGCGCGCGACGCGCAUCGUCAACCGCCUCAUCGACAUUGCGCGUCAGCGUCCCGACGACCUCGACGUCGAUGUCCAGGUUGCCCUGGGUGUCCUGUUCAACGCGAGCGAGGACUACGCCAAGGCUGAGGACUGCUUCACGGCCGCACUGGAGGCCCGCCCAGAUGACUGGGUGCUGCACAACCGCCUCGGUGCGACGCUGGCCAACUCGGGCCGCUCCCACGAAGCCAUCAAGUUCUACCACCGCGCCCUGGGCCUCCACCCCAACUUUGUGCGGGCGCAAUUCAACCUCGGCAUCUCGUACAUCAACCUCGCGCAGUACCGUCUCGCGGCGCAGUGCAUCGUCGACGCGAUUCGCCUGCAGCACUCAGACGUGACUGAGGGAUACGGAGCCGACUCGACCGGCGACUACACCAAGGGCGUGACGUCUGAGGCGCUGUGGACCACGCUCCGCAUGGCGUGCCUCCACCUCCAGAGACCCGACCUCGUCGCCCUUGCCAACCAACACGACCUGAGCGGCUUCCCGCUCGAGCUUUAG